AUGUCUUCAGGAAUACAGUCAUUGUUGAAAACAGAGAAAGAAGCUGCCGAGAUAGUCAACGAGGCUAGAAAAUACAGAACCAGCAGAUUGAAAACAGCCAAGCAAGACGCCCAACAAGAGAUCGAAGACUACAAGAAGCAAAAGGAGGAGGAGUUACAGAAAUUUGAAAAGGACCACGAGGGUGUAAACGACCAAAUCAAUAAGGAAGCCGAAGCUGAAAUUGAAAAGGAAUUGAAGAGCUUGAAAGAACAGUUUGAGAAGAAAAAGUCCGAUGUGGUGAAGUUGUUGGUUGAAGCUACAAUCUCGCCUAACCCUCAAGUACACAUCAAUGCUAAUACAUAA